CCACCAUGGGGAUGGGGCCACCAUGGGGAUGAGACAGCCUGGUGACAUGGGACCUUAAUGACUUGGGACAUGGGGACAUCUUGAUGACAUGGGGCCCUGGUGAUGGGGCCACCAUGGGGAUGUGACACCCUGGUGACAUGGGACCCUGGUGCCAUGGGACAUGGGGACACCCUGGUGACACGGUCACCAUGGGGAUGUGCCACGUGCCAUGGGGACACCCUUGUGCCACGUGACCCCGGUGCCACGUGACCCUGCUUCCCCAGCCACCCCCCCGUGUCCCCAGGUGUCCCCAGGUGUCCCCAAUGCUGCUGUCGCUGUGCUGGCUGCUGCUGGCCCCCACCCGCCUCCUGCUGGCCCUGCGGCGCCUGCUGGCCCGCCUGGGGGUGGCGGUGGCCGCAAUGGCCGCCGGGGCGGCCUAUGGGCUGUGGGGGGUGUUGCUGCUGCUGCGCCGCGGCCCCCGCUGCACGUUCUGGUGGCGCCUGCGGGACAGACCCCCCCCCGGCCUGGCCGAUGGUACCUUCGGGGAGCACGGCUACCUGCGCCUCAAGGAAUCGGGGCUGCGUCUGCACUACGUCACUCGGGGUCCCCCCGACGCCCCAUUGAUGCUGCUGCUGCACGGGUUCCCCCAGAACUGGUUCUGCUGGCGCUUCCUGCUGCAGGAGCUGGGCGGCCGGUUCCGCGCCGUGGCGCUGGACCUGCGCGGCUACGGCGCCUCCGACAAACCCCACGGCCGCGACAGCUACCGCCUGGAGCUGCUGCUCGGGGACAUCUGCGAGGUCAUCGAGGCGCUGGGGACACCCCCCGCGCCGGGGGACACGGCGGCGUCACCCAAGUGCGUCCUGGUGGGACACGACUUCGGGGGCCUCCUGGCCUGGGAGGUGGCGCUGAGCCACCCGGCGCUGGUGGACAAGUUGGUGAUCAUGGCGGCGCCGCAUCGCGCGUGGAUGGCAGAUUUCACCGCCUGCCACCCCAGCCAGCUGCUGCGCUCCAGCUACGUGUUCCUGUUCCAGCUGCCAUGGCUGCCCGAGCUGCUGCUGGCGCUCGCCGACUUCCAGCUGAUCCGGACGGUGCUGACGUCCCCGUGGUCGGGGAUCCGGGACCCCGCGCGGCGCCUGAGCAGCCGCGAGCUGGAGUGCUACCUGUUCGGGCUGGCGCAGCCCGGGGGGCUCAGCCCCCCAGUGCACUACUACCGCAACCUCUUCCGGGACACCCCGAUGCCGCGCGAGCCGCCCCCUCCCCCCACGCUGCUGCUUUGGGGCUCCAGGGACCGGUUCCUGGACCCCGCCCUCGGCCCCGCCCUCUUCCGGAGGCUCCGCCCCUCUGCCCGCCUGCACGUGCUGCCCGGCGCCAGCCAUUGGCUGCCCGAAGAAGAGCCCCGCCUCCUGGCGCACCUCAUUGGACAGUUCCUGGAGGGGGGGGAGGAGCAUCCCUAGCGGCACCAAUUGGGGGGGG